UCCCAGCAUGCCCCGCGCUCCCUCACGGCCGCCAUGGCGCAGGGCCGCCCCAAGGCCGCGGCCAAGCGCCCCAAAGCGGCGGCGGCAGCGGCGGUCCGGAGCACUCGGGGCCCGCGGAAAGGAGGCCGCACCAUCGCCCCCAAGAAGCUCCGCGUGAUCCAGCAGCAGAAGCUGAAGAAGCGGCUGGAGGUCGGGAUCCGGAUGCGGAUCGAGCAGGAGACCGUGCAGCGAGCGCAGGGAGCGCUGCCCAAAAAGCUGGCGCUGGUCACGGCGCCCAAGGCCGGCAAGGACAAGGACAGAGCCAAGAAGGGCCGCGGCUGAACCCCAAAAAUCCCUGGGUAACGAGCCCUGAACCCCCCUCAGCGAGCCCCAUAAGGAUUUGGGGGAGUCUGGGCUGACAACAGCCCCAAAACCCCCGGGGAACGAGCCCUAAACCCUCUCUGGGGGGAUCUGGGGGAGUCCAGGCUCUCCUGAGCCCCAAAACCCCCCGGGAACGACCCCUGAACCCCCCUCAAUGAGCCCCACAAGGAUUUGGGGGUGUUCAGGCUGUUCUCAGCCCCCUCCCAGUAAAUAAUAAAAGAGAUUUUUUAUGUCCUGCCCA